AUGACCAAACCGCCCGCGGACGCCGCCGGCCGGCGUGCUGCCUCCUCGGCUGCCGCGCCGUUCGCCGGCCUCCUCGCUGGCGUCGGCCAGGUGCUGGCCGAGCAGCCUCUUGACACGCUCAAGACGCGGCUGCAAUCUGCGCACUUCGGCGCCUCGGACGGCGCCUUCCGCCUCGCCGUCACCACCGUGCGCGGCGAGGGCGGCGGCGCCCUCCUCCUCGGCGUGGUCCCGCGGAUUGCCACUUACCCUCUCGUGAAGCUCUCGCUGUUUUCGCUCUUCGAGGCCUUUUACGCGCAGACACAGAGCUUCGCGCUGGCCGGCGCCUGCGCCGGUGCACUCAACACGGUGGUGUCCUGCCCGGCCGACGUCGUCAAGUCGCAGCUGCAGGUGCAGCGGAGGAAGGACCCGAGCCUCGCGGCGGUGCGGGUUGUGUCGUCGUUGGUGAAAACGCACGGCGCCGGCGUGCUGUACCGCGGCCUCGCGCCACUCGCGGCGCGCGAUACGCUCGGCUACGCCAUCCUCUACACUGUCUACUACCGCGGGCAGGAGCUUCAGCGGCGGAGCGACGCGGCCGCGGCGGCUCCGCGGUGGGCGAUUGGCGGCGCGGCGGGCGCCUGCUUCUACGGCGCAACCCUGCCGAUCGACCGCGUCAAGGUACUGCAGCAGACGCAGGCGGGCGGCGCCGCGCUCGGCCUCGGCGAGUGCCUGGCGACGGUGCGCAGGGGCGGGCUCGCCGCCUUCUACCGAGGCGCGGGGCCAACCUUCGCGAGGACCUUUGUGGGGCAGGCGGUCGGCCUGUCGGUGUACGAUCUCGUGCGGGGCUGGCAGCCCACCUACUGUGACUAG